AUGUUUAAAUUAAUAGUGUUAUUGUCUAUAGUGGCAUUCGCCAGUGGCCAAUACUCGGCAUCGAGACUAGUGCGGAACAUUUACAAUGAAUGUUUGAGUCAAUAUUCCGUGGAGUGUGUGAAACCCAGGACACUCGAAUGGAUUUCUCAUGUGGCGAACAACGAGGAGAUCAAGAUAACGGACAAUCUGUCAAUCGUCAGGCAAGCGACGAUUGAGGAUGAAGCCUUCGACCCUAGGAUGGCGAAGGACCCCGCUUACGCGAUCAUCGACUCCGUAGACAGAUUCCUCCAGACCCAUUCAGUGCGAGUGAAAGUACCUGAAGAAAUUGCCAGCAGUGCUGCUUCGGAAUAUGUGCCAAGGUCGCUCCUCACAGACCUUCCGUCUGAACUGGACAUGCCUUUGGACGGUGAAGAAGAGAUUGCGACCUUCGAGGGGAGGAAGAAGAAGAUCAAGCUCCCAAAACCUUUGAGGAUUAAGAGCAAACAUGGAUUCAUCAAGAAGGUGCUGCUUCCAUUCCUCCUUGGUUUGAAGUUCAAGGCUUCUGUUUUGGUGCCUCUCGCACUUGCCCUCAUUGCCCUCAAGACAUGGAAAGCUCUAACACUUGGUCUCAUCUCUCUUGUUCUAUCUGGUGCAAUGGUGAUCUUCAAGUUCACGAAACCCAAGGUUGUAAACUAUGAAGUCAUCCACUAUCCUCAACACCAUGUGGAACAUCACGUAGACCACCACGCUCCAGCCUGGGACGCCCACGGACCCUACCAGGCGAGGUCUUAUGAAGAUGCACACGAAAUCGCCUAUUCUGGACAAAUUUAA